AUGCUACUACAAGGCAUCUCUGCAUUCGGAAUCGACUACACUGCCGCUCCGCCCAACCUGACCACGCUCUUCAACAACACGCUGUUCUACACAUGGAGACCGAAAGCUCAUGUGUUGGCGCCGUCCGCCCAUAUAGGUGAUCCGUGUAUGCAGUAUACCGAUCCAUCUACUGGCCUGUUUCAUGCGGGCUACCUCUACUCCGGAGGCGCUGGAGAAUCUGGUGCUGCUGCUGGAACCACCGGCGAUCUCAUCACCUAUCUGGAUGUCAAUCAGGAUCCAACCUUCAUCCGAAGAGGAGGCAUCAAUGAUCCCGUUGCGGUAUUUGAUGGGUCUGUCAUUCCUGCCGGCAUCAAUGGCUCCGCGACUCUGCUAUAUACCAGCGUCGCAUACCUCCCAAUCCAAUGGACGAUUCCAUAUGUGAAAGGAUCCGAAACGCAAAGUCUGGCAGUGUCUUCAGAUGGAGGCAGGAAUUUUACCAAGUUGGAGUUUGGGCCUGUGAUUCCGGGUCCUCCAUUUCCACUUACAAACGUGACGGGCUUUCGCGAUCCGUACGUUUUCCAGAGUCCUCAACUUGACCGUGCUCUGUCCAGCCAGGAAAACACAUGGUACAACAUCAUCAGUGGAGGUGUGCACGGUUUGGGACCUUCUCUGUUCCUCUUCCGCCAGUAUGAUGCGGACUUCCGUGAUUGGGAGUAUCUCGGAGAGCUGUGGCAUGAGCAGGCCAAUAGCAGCUGGGGUGAUGGAACCUGGGCUGGACGUUGGGGAUACAACUUCGAAGUUGGCAAUAUCUUCGGACUGGACGAGGAUGGCUACAACGCCGAGGGAGAGAUCUUCACCACGACGGGCGCCGAAUGGUCGGAGGAACCCAUCAUUCCUCAAGUAUCGCAGUUCCGAGAAAUGCUGUGGACUGCUCAUACUCUCGACACCUCUUCGAAUGGUAGUGUGAGUCUGGUAGCGACGAUGGCGGGAAAACUUGACUGGGGUGCGUUUGCCUACGCCGCGGCUGGGAAGAUUCUGCCGGCCAACUCGAGCGCAUCUCAGGCUUCCGGAGUAUUCCACGACAGGUUCAUCACAUACCUAUGGCUGACAGGCGAUAACUUCGGGACCAGCGACUUUCCCAAAGCACAGCAAGGGUGGGACGGUUCCUUAACGACCGUACGUGAGCUUUCGGUCGGCACGAUCAGCGGUGUUGUCAACAAUGAUCUGGUCAACGAGACUGGAUCUUGGAGAUUCAGCAACAGCAGUGACUCGACGGCAUCGACUGUCGAGUUGACGACCUUGAAGCAGACGAUUGCUCGAGAAGUGUAUGCUAAGAUCGUCUCUAACGCCGAACGCACCUUUGUCGAGCCGGCAUGCAAUGUGGUGAAUGGGUCCGGCGUGGAGGCAUUCCAACAGAGUCCGAUUAGCAAGUUCUUCAUGCUGACGACGACAAUCCGCUUUCCAUCCUCCGCAAGAACAUCCGGCGUCAAAGCUGGCUUGAGGAUACUGGGAUCGGAGCAUGAGCACACCGACAUUUACUACCAGUUCUCUAAUGAGAGCAUGAUCGUGGACCGGUCCAAUUCCAGCGCCGCGGCCGCGACGACUCCUGGCAUCUUGGCGAACAACGAGGCGGGACGGUUCCGACUGUUCGACAUUGCCACUGGAGCAGGCAAUGGCAGCUCAAUCGAGGCACUAAACCUGACGAUCAUCGUCGACAACAGUAUCGUGGAGGUGUACGCCAAUGGACGAUUCGCGUUGAGCACGUGGGUGUGGUCUUGGUACGAGGAGAGCACGCAGAUCAGCUUCUUUUAUGAGGAGGCAGAUGGAGUGCAGUACGACAACACUACGGUGUAUGAGGGUCUGUUUGAUGCGUGGCCGCUGAGGUCGUAUUGA